UUGUUUUCUCAACAUGUUCAUGCUGGAGGGACUGUGCAAGAUUUUAAGGCAGUUAGAAAUGUGAGGUAGUUUAGUAUUAUGUGACGAUUGGUCAGAGAGGGGCUGGAGGAAGGAGAAGCGGAGGCGGCGGCAAACUGGUGCAGACUGGUUAGUACUGACUGCAUGAAGACAGAGGACGCGACAAGGUGUUCGUGCCCAUCAUGGAAGCGACUCUGUCGUCUUUAUAAAACCAGGGAAGAAAAACGUCCAUCUUUUUUUUUUUCGUUCGCCCCCCCUCACCUUAAUAAUGAGAACGGGAAAGGGCAGCACUGUGCGUUACGUUGCGCAGCAUUGUCACAGCGUCAAGAUGGAAAGGAGAUAGUGUAUGGUGGCGCAUAAGCAGACUACGCUUUAGGAUGCAGGAUGUUCUCCCUCACAGAAGUUGCUUCUCUGAACGACAUCCAGCCAACGUAUCGAAUUCUGAAACCAUGGUGGGAUGUGUUCAUGGAUUAUUUGGGCAUCGUAAUGCUCAUGGUGGCCAUAUUUGCUGGAACGAUGCAGUUAACCAAAGACCAGGUUGUUUGCUUGCCUGUUCUAAAUUCGUGGGAGGAGUCCAUCACCACACAGAAGCCACCUGAAACCGCUUCUGGCAUUGGUACAGCAGGAAACAGAGUGACAUUAGCAGCUGCACCUUCAACGGUCAAGGACCAGCAUGACCCAGUUAUCCACCAUUUCUCUCAGCCAACUGAAAUGAUAAAUCCUCAGCCAACAGGGGUGAAAACAAACAUGGACUUUCAGCAGUAUGUCUUUGUCAACCAAAUGUGCUACCAUCUUGCCCUCCCUUGGUAUUCAAAAUACUUUCCCUAUCUGGCUCUCAUUCACACAAUUGUCCUCAUGGUCAGCAGCAACUUUUGGUUUAAGUAUCCAAAGACAAGUUCAAAAAUUGAGCAUUUUGUGUCAAUUUUGGGGAAGUGUUUUGAGUCCCCUUGGACCACUAAAGCAUUGUCAGAGACGGCCUGCGAAGACUCAGAAGAGAAUAAGCAAAGAAUGACAGGAGGCAUCUCAUUACCAAAGCAUUUAUCCACCAGCAGUGAGGAGGGGAGUCCAAACUCAUCUACACCAAUGCUGGGAAAAUCCAGUGUUAAAUUUUCCACUGAAAAGCCUGUCAUUGAAGUUCCAAUCAUGACCAUAUUGGACAAGAAAGAUGGCGAGCAAGCCAAGGCACUUUUUGAAAAAGUGAGGAAGUUUCGUGUGCAUGUUGAGGACAGUGACUUGAUCUACAAGCUCUACGUUGCGCAGACUGUAAUUAAGACGGUCAAGUUUAUUUUGAUCUUGUGUUACACAACAACAUUUGUUGCAUACAUUAAUUUUGAGCACGAUUGUAACCCAGAUGUUAAGCAUUUAACUGGCUACACCAAAUUUGAGUGCACUCAUAAUAUGGCAUUCAUGUUGAAAAAGCUGCUCAUUAGCUACAUUGCCAUCAUUUUUGUUUAUGGCUUGGUAUGUAUUCACACACUUUUCUGGUUAUUCAGGCGGCCUCUGAAGGAGUACUCAUUUGAGAAGGUGAGAGAAGAGAGCAGCUUUAGUGACAUACCAGAUGUAAAGAACGACUUUGCAUUUCUCUUGCACAUGGUAGACCAAUAUGAUCAGUUAUACUCUAAACGCUUUGGUGUCUUUCUCUCAGAGGUCAGUGAAAACAAACUGCGGGAAAUUAGCUUGAAUCACGAGUGGACAUUCGAGAAGCUACGGCAGCACGUGACACGGAACGUGCAAGACAAGUUGGAGCUCCACUUGUUUAUGCUCUCAGGUGUUCCUGAUGCAGUAUUCGACCUCACUGACCUUGAGAUAUUAAAGCUUGAGCUAAUCCCUGAAGCACGGAUAACAGCAAAGAUUUCCCAGAUGAUCAAUCUUCAGGAGCUUCAUUUAUAUCACUGCCCUUCCAAAGUUGAGCAGACUGCAUUCAGUUUUCUUCGUGAUCACCUUCGGUGCCUUCAUGUUAAGUUUACAGAUGUUGCAGAGAUACCCCAGUGGGUUUACUUGUUGAAGAACCUGAGGGAGCUUUACUUGGUGGGACACCUGAACUCUGAAAAUAACAAGAUGAUUGGCUUGGAAUCCCUCAGAGACCUGAGGCAUCUGAAAAUGCUACAUCUGAAGAGCAACCUUACUAAGGUCCCAACAAACAUAACAGACUUAGCCCCGCAUCUGGUCAAACUUGUGGUACACAACGAUGGUACUAAGCUCUUGGUAUUAAAUAGUUUGAAAAAGAUGAUGAAUCUUUCUGAUCUUGAGUUGCAUAAUUGUGAACUGGAAAGGAUACCACAUGCCAUCUUUAGUUUGACAAAUCUGCAGGAGUUAGAUUUGAAAUCCAACAAUAUUCGCACUAUUGAGGAGGUUAUCAGCUUCCAGCACCUAAAAAGGCUGAUCUGCCUCAAACUUUGGCACAACAAGAUUAUCAACAUUCCACUGUCCAUAGGUCAAGUAAAGAACCUUGAGUCCCUGUACCUUUCUCACAACAAACUUGAGUCCUUGCCUGCAUCUUUGUUUAGUUUACCUAAGCUGAGAUAUUUGGACGUAAGUCACAACUCCAUUGUGGCCAUUCCAUCAGAGGUAGGUUUCCUGCAGAACCUCCAGCACUUUGCUAUCACAGGAAAUAGGGUGGAAUUGGUGCCAAAGACCCUGUUUAAAUGCACCAAGCUCCGGACCUUGUGUUUGGGACAAAACUGUAUCUCUUCCCUGCCAGAGAAAAUUGGCCAGCUAGUGCAGCUGCUGCAUCUAGAGUUAAAGGGAAAUUGUUUGGACCGCCUUCCAGCCCAGCUUGGACAGUGCAGACUCUUGCGUCGAAGUGGUCUGAUUGUGGAGGAUCACCUGUUUGACUCUCUCCCGAUAGAGGUCAAAGACAGCAUUAAUCAGGAAAGCAAUGCCACGUAUGCUAACGGAAUGUAAGAGUGUCUCUAUGUCUCCCUCUGCUGGUUCUGUUUUGACCAAAAUCUGAUUCAGUGCUGAAUGAGAUUAUACAAAGUUUUUCUUUUCAUUUGUUAGCCAUCGAGGAAGAUUUAGCUCAGGACCUAAGUGAAAUGCUUUAAGCCGUUAGAAAUAAGCAAGCAUAUUAGAGUUGAUACUACAAGCUCAACAAGGAGACCAGUAGAAAAUAUCUGUUGUACUAAUGAGAGUUAUUAAUUAGACUGGAAAUGUGUUAAAAACUAUAAAUGGCCCUGUUUGCAAUAUUUAAUUUCCUUGAUACAAAGCCAACAAUUUUGUUUUAAAUGCAAACCACUUUUUUUUCCUUCAAUUUUUCAUUUAUGUAUGCUGCCAUGAUUUGUAUUUUUACUAUUGGUUUUCCACACAGUACAACCCACAUUGUGGUGCAGUGACUGACUGUAUUUAUUAAUUUUUGGAAGAAAUAAGGAAAGUGGUUCAAGAAUCACACAUCUUCCUUGGCAAAAUGUUCUAGGAAACCAUUAGAGCACCCAAUGCAUGGUUCUUGCUGAUCCUAACACUUCAGCAUAGAAAUGAUUUAAUAUUGAAAUGUGUUAAUAUUUAUUCUUCUACUGUUCUACUACUACAUGUUAGUUAGGAGACAUGUAUAAAACCAUAAUUCAUGUUUAAAACUACUGCUUAAUGUUGUAAUCUAAGUGGAAAUACAAAUGCUUGUACUUUAUAAAUAUUUUUUUGUCUUUAUAAACCGCUUCAAUGUAUUUUUAGUUACCAGGUUAUGAAACACACUAUAUGCUGCUUCAGCUGCAUUAAACUGCAUACUGUCAGCUUUUGAAGAACUGGAAAAUUGGAAGUGAGAGUUAAACUGCUUAGAGCUUUAACAUA